AGUAUUUCCUGAACGACUGUCAGUGCUAGACAACCCGCGAAACUGAACUGACACGUUUGAAUAAUAUUUUUUUUAACAAUUUCUGGCUGUAGCGCACGGAGUAAAGGGAACAGUCGGCUGCCCAACGUUGUGACAGUACGAGAAUAUGAACACGUGAAUGCUAAACAUGCGGUGAUUGCAUGGAAAGUCGUCGGAAUUUAAUUUUAAAUUUUAUUGUUUGUUAUUGUUGAUUUUGUUGUUGUUAAUUGCUGAGUGGAAUUUCGAAAUUUGAAAUUCAACUGACUGGAGAAUUUUAACCGAUUGUUUUGUCGAUUUUUGGAGGCCCGGUGUUUGGUGGAAAAAUGGUGUCAACUCGUACAGCAACGAGAAGUGCUGCGCUUAUCUGCCUGGCUUUUCUCCUCGUUGGGAUUGUGAAUCAUGCGGAAGGGGCGAGGAAGCGGUUCCGGAGGCCAACGACAUCAUCGCCAUCCUUGAGUAACGAUCAAGAGGUCUCAGCUAGCGUAAACAGAUUCAAAGUGACGCGAAAUCGUCUGGGUACAAAGCACACAAAGAAUGAACUCCAGUCGAGUAGUGGAGGCAGCAGCAGUGCCAAGCCGAAUGAUUAUAAGAUCGUCUGCUACUACACUAAUUGGUCUCAGUACCGUACGAAGAUUGGAAAAUUCAUGCCCGAGGAUAUUCACCCUGAUUUAUGUACUCACGUUAUAUUUGCAUUUGGCUGGCUCAAGAAAAAUAAACUCACCAGCUUCGAGUCCAACGACGAAACCAAGGAUGGAAAAAUUGGACUGUAUGAGAGAAUAGGGAGCCUCAAAAAGGCUAACCCAGCACUGAAAAUUCUACUUGCUAUUGGUGGAUGGUCGUUUGGAACUCAAAAGUUUAAAGACAUGUCAUCAACGAGAUACGCUAGACAGACAUUUAUCUACAGUGCAAUCCCAUAUCUACGUGACAGAGACUUUGAUGGUCUCGACAUCGAUUGGGAGUAUCCCAAGGGUGGUGACGACAAGAAAAACUAUGUUCUGUUGUUGAAAGAAUUGCGAGAGGCGUUCGAAGCCGAAGCCCAAGAGAAAAAGAUGCCACGUCUGCUGUUGACCGCGGCCGUUCCAGUUGGCCCAGACAACAUCAAGAGCGGAUACGAUGUACCGGCAGUAGCAAGUUACCUGGACUUCGUUAACCUCAUGGCAUACGAUUUUCACGGCAAGUGGGAGCGUGAGACCGGUCACAAUGCACCACUUUACGCGUCAUCUUUGGACUCCGAGUGGCAGAAGCAGUUGAGCGUUGACAAUGCGGCGACAAUCUGGGUUAGACUUGGUACACCCAAAGAGAAAUUGAUUAUUGGGAUGCCCACCUAUGGCCGCUCCUUUACACUGUCCAAUACUGAUAAUUUUCGGGUGCAUGCAGCCGCCAGUGGGGGAGGUAAAGCCGGAGAAUACACCAAAGAGUCCGGAUUUUUGGCUUACUACGAGAUAUGCGAGAUGCUUCAAAAUGGUGCGGCCUAUAUAUGGGACGACGAAAUGAAAGUACCGUACUUGGUUCAGGGUGAUCAAUGGGUUGGCUUUGAUGACGAGAGAUCCAUUAGGAAUAAAAUGUCGUGGCUGAAGGACAAGGGUUACGGUGGUGCUAUGGUAUGGACAGUAGAUAUGGAUGAUUUCAACGGCACAGUAUGCCCGGGAAAUGUUAGAUAUCCACUGAUUGGUGCUAUGCGAGAGGAACUCAGGGGUGUUUCAAGGGGUAGCAAUGCCAAAGACGUUGAUUGGAGUGCUGUUGCCGCCACUGUCAGCGAAGUUGUCGUUAAGAAACCAGAGGCGUACAAAAUAUCGGUCUCCGAGGUGCUGAACAAAGCAAAAAAAUCACCAAACCAACGACUAAUCUCGUCAUCAACACGCCCUCACGAGACGAUUUGUUACUUGACAAACUGGUCGCACAAGCGUCCUGGAGCUGGGAGAUUUAUGCCUGAGGACAUUGAUCCUACUCUGUGUACCCACGUCGUAUACGCGUUUGCAACCUUGAAGGAUCACUUGCUGACGGAAAGCAGCGAGAAGGAUGCCGAAAUGUACGAGCGUUUGAUUGCCCUCAGGGAGAAAAAUCCAGACAUUAAGAUAUUGCUGGCCAUUGGCGGUUGGGCUUUCGGCUCCACUCCAUUCAAAGAACUCACCAGCAACACAUUCCGUAUGAAUCAGUUCGUCUAUGAAGCCAUUGAGUUCCUCCGGGAGUAUAAAUUCAACGGUCUCGACGUAGACUGGGAAUAUCCGAGGGGUGCUGAUGACAGAGCGGCUUACGUGAAUUUACUGAAGGAGCUUAGAUUGGCAUUCGAGGGUGAGGCUAAGGACUCGGGUCAGCCUAAACUAAUCCUUUCUGCUGCCGUACCAGCGAGUUUCGAAGCCAUCGCCGCUGGGUAUGAUGUUCCCGAAGUUGCCAAGUACCUGGACUUCAUAAAUAUAAUGACUUAUGACUUUCAUGGACAAUGGGAACGUCAAGUCGGUCACAACAGUCCGCUGUACCCUCUGGAAAGUGCCACAAGUUACCAGAAGAAGCUCACAGUGGAUUUCAGCGCUCGUGAGUGGGUCAAGCAGGGAGCGCCCAAGGAAAAGCUAAUGAUUGGAAUGCCUACGUAUGGAAGAUCAUUCACUCUCGUUGAUAAGGAUAAAUUUGAUAUUGGCGCACCGGCAUCGGGCGGUGGUACACCUGGCAAUUUCACUAAUGAAUCCGGCUUUCUCUCUUACUACGAGGUCUGCAAUUUUCUCAAUGAGGACAACACGACCCUGGUUUGGGACAGCGAACAACAAGUCCCUUUCGCAUACAGGGACGACCAGUGGGUUGGCUUCGACGACGAGAGAAGUCUCGUUAAUAAGAUGAACUGGCUGAAGGAAGAGGGCUUCGGUGGUAUCAUGAUCUGGUCGGUAGACAUGGACGAUUUCAAGGGCACCUGCGGUGCAGGCAAAUAUCCCCUCAUAAAAGCAAUGAAGAAAGAACUACUCUCCUACUCAGUGAAACUGGAAUACGAUGGACCAUAUGAGACUGGAUUACGAAGUGGAAAGUACACCACCAAAGACCCUAACGAGGUUACCUGCGACGAGGAGGACAAUCACAUAUCGUAUCAUCCGGAUAAAAACGACUGUACAAUGUACUACAUGUGUGAGGGGGAGCGUAAACAUCAUAUGCCAUGUCCCGUUAAUCUCGUAUUCAAUCCGAAUGAAAAUGUCUGCGACUGGCCUGAGAAUGUCGAGGGCUGUCUUCAGCAUACGCAGGCACCGCCCGUUUAAUUAAGAAGAAAAUGAUAAUAUACUUAAAUAAGACGAUGAAAAGUUAUACAUUUAUACAUAAAGUUAAUUUGUCUCAUGCCAGGCCGACUCACAACGCUCUAACAAAACAUAACAGCCGCAUUGUUUGUGUAUAAAGAAGCCGGCAAGAGAGACAAAUAAAUGGAAUGGGGAAGGGGGUGGGAGGGACAAGGGGGGAUGGAGAAAAAAAAAAAUAUGUUAAAACGAGUGUCACUAUGUAAAUUUUUCACAAUGUUCGCGUCGACGACACUAUUAUCACUUUUUUUCUUGUCAUUCUUUCAAUUAUUUUUUUUUGUUCCUUCUGGUUAUCUCUCACUGCUCUCAUCGCUUUUCUUUCUCUCACCUCUUUAAACUAUCUAAUUUCUAUUUUUUUUUUUUAUCUCACUCUUUUCACCUCUCACAAUUUACCUCUUUCUCAUGCACAACUGUCUCCUCUCUCCUACCCACUCCCCUCGUUCGGGUUCAACACACUUUCAUUUUAAAAUUCGUUGAAAAAUGGUUUUGCCGGUGUCAGCUAGGUACAGUCGAUGAUGAAUUUAAUAAAAAGUAGAAUGAAAAAUAGGGAGGAUUUUGUCGAACGGGGAUAAUGACCCGAGCUGAGGGCUGAAGCUUGGCAUGCGGUAUGCGGUGUCCCAAGAGUGAGUAAAACUCGGUCAGAUGAGUAAGAUGGUGUAGUUUCAGUGCAGACUGCUCUACCAGCAAUGUUUCUCAACUGUCGGGCAUCCGACUGUGAUGCUGUGUGAAUCUGACGGGAUUCACGUAACCAUCUACGUAGCCAUAGGCUUAACCAGGCUAUUUCACAGUCACACUCGAGGGGAUUCCCCGAAACUUGUAGGCCACCUGGUGGGAGGAAAUUUUUUCAUUACAAAAGCCCAAAACAAGGAGUCAGUGAUAUUUCGGGAAACUUUGGGGGGGUGGGAUGGGGUAGAAUGGAACGAGAAGAAGUUAUCCGAACAUCCGGGACUGGGCGAAAAGCUCCUCGAUGUAAUCUUUGGGAGCUUUUCCGAAGACAGAUAUUUUCGUCCGCGAUAUCGUCCUCCUGUUCCACUCAGUCUCACCCUCCCCCUCACCCUCACCCUGUCUCUGGCGAUAACUAAUGUCACUCUUUUAGCGUAUCACAGCUCGGAGUAAUCACGAAAAAUUUGUUUAUUUAUUCGUCAGGAAAAUGCGCAAUGCAGACAAAUUUAAUCGGGGUCAUUUGGCCUGUUCUUCACAAGUGUAGAAGACAGUGGAAUUUGAGAUGACUAGAUCAAUCGAAUGGAUCAAAUUAUCAUCAGUGUUUUGUUAUAAAAAUUAUGUAAAUUGCUCUACUCUAAAAAACGUUAAAUAAAAUAUUGUACAGUAGAAAGUAGAAA